AUGGAGAGAUUAGAAGACAUGAGAAAGUAUAUUAUGUCACUCGGCCUGACUGAUUCGAGUGGACACCAACUCACCGAGCAUGUUGCGCACACGGUACAUGAGGAUGUUCCGAGUGAUGACGAGCCAUCCACAGAAGUCAUCCCAUUUGAUCCGAAGAUUCCCGCUCGACUCCAGCCAACCCUCCCACCAAUCAACUUUGGAGCAGUUGUCAAGAACAACAUAUACCGGAGUGGAUAUCCGAGUGCUGAGAAUUUUGGUUUCUUGAAGAGCUUGAAACUGAAAACAAUAUUAACUCUUGUGCCCGAGCCAAUUCCUGAAGGCUAUCGCACUUUUAUGACUAGCCAUGGAAUUCAGCAUUUCCACGUGCACAUUCCUGCCAACAAGGGCAAAGUCCGAAUCGCCGCAUGCGAGAUGACGAGGGCGUUAGAAAUCGUCCUCGAUCGCUCCAACCACCCGCUCCUGAUUCAUUGCAAUAAAGGCAAGCAUCGAACUGGCUGUGUCGUAGGGUGUUUCAGAAGAGUCGAGGGCGAAGAGUUCGGACCCAUCUUUGACGAGUACCACACAUACGCCAAUCCGAAGGCGAGGUUACUCGAUGAGGCAUUUAUCGAGCUCUUUGACGAGCACACCGUCAUGUGGAUGGCGAGGCGGUACAAUUGGGUGCAGCCCGUUGCCGCGGAGCCGUUGCCACCAUCACCACCGUCACCAGUGCCCACCCUCAGCGUCGCAAAACCGAGGGCUUGAGUACCGUGUAAUACGAAGCAUGAAUACAUUUCACCUGUUUGGAGAAGGCGUUUAUCGGAUCGGAUCGGACCGGAUUGAAUCGAAUCGAAUCAACUGGGUAGAGAGUUGUGGGAGCGUCACACCCCACCUUGCAUUUAUUUGGCGUACAAGAGUACCGUUCAGCGGCCUCAAAAGGGAAAUACUAAGUCAUCGGCGUUUCGAAGCAGAACAUUGCUUCAAUCUCGUUCCAACAAGCAAGCCAUGCAAGAGAUCGAGAAGAAGAAAAUUCCGACUCUUAUCUCUCAACAUCGAGAGCAUAUUCCCCAGGCACGCUUUUGCAUAGCAUCAUUGUUUCAUUGGGCUGGACCGCAAAAAGGGCGCGCUUCCUUUUGUAUUUUCCUUAGUGUAUUUCUG